AUGCAGAGACCGACGGGGCAAGGCGCCGCCUUCUCGAUCGACUCGCUCAUCGGGCACUCCCCGCCCGCCCCGCGCUCCGGCCCCCUGCUCUACACCGGCUACCCGAUGUUCAUGCCCUACCGGCCGCUCGUCCUCCCCCACGGGCCGCUGCAGACGGCUGCCGGGCUCCCGCCGCUGGCUCCGCUGGCCUCCUUCGCCGGCCGCCUCACCAACUCCUUCUGCGCCAGCCUCGGCCAAGCCGUCCCGUCCAUGGUGGCGCUCACCACGGCCCUGCCCAGCUUCGGGGAGGCCCCCGACGGCUUCUACCCAGCGCAAGAGCUGCCGGCCACCGGCCGAGGCAACGCCGAGCCGCCCUGCCGCCGACGGAGCGCCGCUGACAGCCUGGAGAGCGACGAGCUGCCCGCCGGCCGGGACAAAGCCCCCCCCGAGCCGCCCCUCCACUUCCCGGAGCCCUUCCCGCACCUGGCAGAGGGGAAGGCCUACAGCUCGGACGAGGAGAAGCCGGCGGGGCGGCCAGGCGAGGCGGCGGCGGCGGGCGGCAGCGAGCGCGAGGACGACGACAGCUCGGCCGAGGCGGAGAGCGAAGAGGAGCCGCCGCUGGACGGGGCGGCCGGAGGCCCGGCGGCCAAGGGCAAGGCCCGGCGGGGCGGCGGCGGGGGCGAGGCGCCGCUGGGGGGCGCGGCGGCGGCGGGGGCCUCGGGCGGCCCGGGCAAGAGCCGGCGGCGGCGCACGGCCUUCACGAGCGAGCAGCUGCUGGAGCUGGAGAAGGAGUUCCACUGCAAGAAGUACCUGUCGCUGACGGAGCGCUCGCAGAUCGCGCACGCCCUCAAGCUCAGCGAGGUGCAGGUCAAGAUCUGGUUCCAGAACCGGCGCGCCAAGUGGAAGCGCAUCAAGGCCGGCAACGUCAGCGGCCGCGCCGGCGAGCCCGUCCGGAACCCCAAGAUCGUCGUGCCCAUCCCGGUGCACGUCAACCGCUUCGCCGUGCGCAGCCAGCACCAGCAGCUCGAGCAGGCCCAGCGCCCCUGA